AUGGUCUCACGAGACGUCUCAUUCGAAAUCUGGUACAAAAAGAAGCAUCUUUUCUACACGAUAAAGGAUCAGAAGAAUGUUGCAGCGCUAAGAAGAGUUGUUGCCGAUCUUUUUAAGAUUCAAGACGUUUUUCAACUCGCAUGGAAACCCGUAGAAACGUGGAUAAAACUCGACGACAAGAGGAAACUGAGCUCGUGUGAAUUUCAACCGGAGGGCACAAAAUUUUCGCCGCCUAUUCAACUCUUUCUACUAUUCCCAGGACAACUAGAGCCGGACGUCGAGCCACUCAGCCAGCCUCCACCAAUUCCCGAAGUGAUGAGAAACGAGGAGCCGCAACAAGAA